CUCUGCUCCAUCGAUGCUGGUUGACCACGAACGCAGACGCAGCGUACAAUCGUACAAUUGUCCAGAAAUAUUUACAACAAAACCAACCGAUCCGAUCAUCUGAUCUCAAGUUGAUGUACGGCGGUGGACGCCUUCCGGAGCGUCUUCCACAGUGAGCGUUUUUUCCGCACAAGAGGAUAACACAGACAACGUCUCAAUAAUGAAUUCGCCAAAAUCGGCCGCUAGUCCGGCCAUUUCGGAAGAGGCACAGGCAGCCAUCGCGGUUAUCCGUGCGCUGGUGGCCUCGCGGAAGGAAACGUCCAACGUGCUCAGCGUAAUGCGCGACUAUCGGCAGCUAGAGGGCGAUCCUCUACCGUACCGUAAGUUCGGUUUUAGCACGGUGGAAGAAUUUUUGCUUGCCAGCGACGAGUUCGUGAUCAAAUCGAGUGCUGGUGAAUCGACCCGCGUUUACAUCAAACCGAACCGCGACUCGGCUCACAUCCAGCAAAUGAUAUCGGCACAAAAGACGACCAAAAGCGGAGGAUCCGGUCGGAAAUCGAACUUUGUCGCGCUGCGCCAACCAACAGGGCCAUGGAGUACGAAGGGUUUCUCCAGCCAGACAACGGCGUACAGUCGCAUCUACCAGCAGAUGCCAAACAGUGGCCGAAACAAUAGCAGCACCAGUUACACCCCGAAAAAGGUCACGUUUGGUGAAAAACCUGCUAUCGCUUCCCCUAACAAGGGUGGUGUCAAAUCGCAAGGAGUUGGCGCGAAUGCCGGGAAUCCGCCCGCCAAAAGUCAAGGGAGUAGUCAGCAGUUGCGACCAAUCACUAAGACUAAAAACGAAUCGGUUUCAUCGCGCAAUACGAACUCUACUUCGCCCGAAGCCAACAAUAACAGCCGUGCGACGAAGAAUCUAAACGGCACAGCAGGACAGCAGCCACGGCAGCUUGAGGCCAAUGAUUUACGGCACAAGCUGAACGAUGGUACCCGCACGAAGAAGGAUUCCAAACUGAACGGGGCUGCAACCGGACAGCAGCAGCUUGUGGCCGGUGAUUUACGGCACAAGUUGAACGAUCGGAACGGUACACUCAGCCGUUCGUCGGUCGAAAUGCGCCAGCCGGACAAAGCACUACCGACCGUUUCGUCCACCACCGUUGGGGUAAGUAACGCCACCCGCCAGGGUGUUUCGGUUGCACGAAAGCAGCUACCAUUUGCCGUAGAAGACAAAGGCACUAAAAAGCCACAACCGAAAGCAUUAUCGAAUGCACGAAAUGCAGCGCAAUCGAACGAAACACCUCGCAACAACGGUAGUAACAGAACGAACGCCACCGUGGCUGGAUCCGGUCGGGUGCUUCCCUUGACUACGCCGAUGCCAUACCCUCCGCUGCCACUGAUGUCAAUUGUGGUUCCUCCAAACAACGUACGCUCCUGUGUAAUGUUAAAAAGCGUGAAUUCAAGACUGAACGUGCCGAAGGCCGAUUUGCCUUCCGGCACCCCCAUAACAACGCCAACCAUUGGACUUACACCAGCAGCAGCGGCAGCAGCAGCAGCAUCAUCCGUUCCAUCGUAUCAACGUGCCCAAUCCCUUGACGAAAGAAAACCCAUUUCCUAUCCAAACAUGGUCGGCCGCUCAAUUUCGAUUCCACAACCACCGAAUAUGGUGCCUUAUGUUGUACCGGCACCGAAGCUUUCAACGUUGCCGGGUAAAAAAUCGCUGCAGGAUCGACUAAAGCUCAAUCAAGAGGUAGCAGCUGAUGAUCUGGAAAAGGUCGCCAAACAACAGUCGCCGCCCAUCGUUGAAAGCAUGGACGUAUCUGCGCCGCUGACGACUGCUCCGGAAAAGAUAUCAAAGACGACCACGGGUCCUAACUUAUAUUCAAUCAAUUACAAUAACUCCUUUGUGACGUCGACUGGACAACACGAAGGAGGUACCUUUACCUGGGACGAUCCGAAUGCGACACCGGUUGAGAUAUUGAUGAAGUACAGCAUGCACAAGGGUUAUGUGCGGCCAGAGUAUGGAUAUUACAAGCUAAAGAGCGGCCGGUACCAGUGUCUGGUGACGGUCAACGGCUCCUCCUACUCGACCUACCCGGAGGACUACGUUAACCAGUUUGAAGGUCAGUUUGCAGCGGCACUGAACGCGAUCGAAGCCAUCCAGCGUGACGAAUCGCGCCUGAAGUACAGCCAGUGUCUUGACUCCGAUCGCGAUAUUGCUCACCAUAUACACGAGCUGCUGGUAAACUGCCCGCAUGGUAUGUUCAGCAAAAACAUUCCCAACGCGUUCGAGGAAACGCACCGUGCGCUGCUGCCGGACCAUUGGUUCGCGAUUAUUGACCAGUUCGCCAACCAGCUGUUUGUGCUGGAGGAUGGCCCUACCGGCGAUACGAUCGUGUUUGCGCGCGAACUGUUGUCCGGUUCGGAUGCCGCCUCGAACACAUCCGAAGCACGGGAGAUGGCAGUGAAUCAGCUUGCGCUACCCUGGGAUGAACAGUAUUGGAAUCUGUACGUUACGAAUCCCGUUUCGACGGUGGAAGUUUGGGCGCGACUCGUCGGCAAAGAGUACAGUGACAAAAUGGAUACGCUUAUCACCGAUAUCGAAAUGUCGAUGAUGGGCGGUCAAGCGGAUGGGAAAAAAGAUGUAACUGCUGCCGUGGGCGAGUACUAUCUCGUGUCGAUCAGUGACUGCUGGUUCCGCGUACGGGUGGUGGAGAUCAACUACGAAACCAACCAGUGUCAGUGCUUCUUCAUUGACAUCGGUGACAGCGAACAGAUCGCGCUCGAUCAGCUGUAUCGGUGCGAACCCCACUACCUGGAACUGCCCGCCCAGGCCAUAUGCUUCACGCUCGAGGGUCUCGAAGACUUUAGCGAAAACCCGACCGCCAAACACAUCCUCGGUCAGCGCAUCAAUCAUCGCGUGCUGAUCGGCAUGAUACUGUCGAAGCGCGAGGAGCACGAACGAACGGAACGGAUCGACGGUAUCGGAUCCGGCUCGCUGAAGGUGGUCCUGUACGAUACGUCGUCGGCGGAGGAUGAGGUGGUGAAUCCGAUUUUACUACAACAGAUCUGCAAAGCCAUGCCCGUGCCGGAGUUGAACCGGAAGUCGGUCAACUACGUAAGCAUUACGUACGUGGACGACCAGGGUGACGUCUACUGUCAGAAAGAUGGUGCGAUGAACUAUAUUCAGAAACUGAUCAUCAAUCUAACACAGUCGGACGCCCUGGAAGAUCAGCACCGGGGUCUGUACAACUCUAAAGCUACCGAACAACAGCUGUACCUGGUGCAGGAUGAAACGGACAGCAAGUGGUACCGUGCCGUACUGGAUGCGGAAGAAUCGGGCCCAUACUGUCGGAUGCUGUACGUAGAUAUUGGUUGCCGUCGUCGUGCGAAUGUGCACAACAUUUACCGGCUCGAUUCGCUCAGCCUCGGUCUGCGCAGCUAUCCGCCGCAGGCUAUGCGUAUGCGCAUGUUCGAGCUGCCAGGCUGCAGUGAUCCCCAAAUUCUGGCGCGGCUACGCGCUUUCCUUAAGCCUGCCGUCCCCGCCAUGGCCAAGGUGUUCUCGAUGGCUUCCGCCAUACUGCCGCUGGUGAAGCUCUAUGUCCACGUGUCGGACCGCGAGGCAGGCAACAACAUUCUAGUGUGCGUAAACGAAGCGAUCAAGAUCGAGAAGGAGCUCGAGAUGGGAUCGGAACGCAUCAAUCUGUCGCCACGCAUCGGGUUUACCGACGACGACAAAUCCUCAUUUAACGGUUCCGGCUCAGACACUACCGCGAUUUCGCAGUCCACAGGUACCAGCUAUUCGAUGAGCAGUACCGACGGAAAGGAUCUGGCGAGCCGUUUCGAUGCCCUUUACGUAGGCAAGGGUGCAGAUACGAAGAAUUCCAAAACGGCGGUCUCCUCCGGUCCGCCAUCAAUGGCGAGUGAUAGCAAAGCGAUCGCAAAGCUAGCAAAAAUAACACUCCCACAGGUUGGGCAGGUGUUCAAUGUGAAGGUUACGAUCGCCAACAAUCCGAAGUUUUUCUUCGUGCAGCCGUACUCUUACCUGCAGCAGCUAGAUACGCUCAUGCUCGAACUGCAGGACUUUUGCAUGACGAAAGCUCAACCGGUUCGCAAGGAGCAUGUUCGACAGGGUGAAGCGUACGCGGCCGUCAACAAUCUAGGCCACUGGUAUCGUGCUCUGGUGGUAAACAUUAAUCCAUUUGGACCAACACCGAUCCAUGCGUAUUUUUGUGAUUUCGGACAAGUGCAGCAGCUGGAUGCAGGCGCGUUACGUGUGCUUCCGGCAGAGUUCCGUGUGUUGCCUCAGCUGGCAAUUAAAGCUAAGCUUUAUGGUGUAAAACCCUUGCACAACGACUGGACCAUAUCGGACGCGAUGCGGUUCAAGGAGCUGACGGCCGAUUGUAACUUUGCCACCGUCGUGCGCAGCAUCCAGGCGGACGAAUUGAAUCCCCAGGAGCAGCUAAUGGAGCUGGAACUGAUCGACGUGUCCACCGAUAUUGAUGUGUAUGUGCAUAAAAUACUCGUUGAAGAGGGUCGGGCCGUUUAUACGGCUGCAGCACACACCGUUUAGGAAGAAAAUGGUAAGAAUGAUCGUGUGCGGCUUAUUUCGCCGCACACGUCCUCGCAAACUGUUGGACGAUGCAAGUAAUCAGUCGACAAAGAGCUAAAACGCGACCGUCGUUCAGUUCUUUUUCUUCAGUUGUUAUAGAUUUAUGAAAGAGAAAGAGAAGAAUAUUUAUUACCGUGUGGCUUUCGAACAAGCAGCCAGUCGUCGGGCAUAGAUUUAAAUCGCACGAAAUUUAAAUACUUAACGAGAAGCGAAGUUUGUGAAAUAGUAGACCGUUUUCACGAGCAAACGCAACGGAGAAAAGCAUAUGUAUUUCACGCAAUGAAAUAGACGUGUUUUGUAUUCAUAGGUAGCAUUCCAUUGAAAUAGGCAGCACAAACGGUGCUUCGUCUGUUCGAACGAAGAACAAGAGAUUAAUCACUAACAAAAGGCCGAUACGAAUACGGCUUUUUUUGGACGAAAGAGGCAGCUAAUAGAUGCGCAGGAAUCGCAGUCCGUAUUGGGAACUAUUUCUGCCUUAAGUUUUUUAAAUACGAUUUCAAUAACGUUUAGAUUUAUAAUUUUCUUCCACGCGCGCAUAACCUUUCAAUAUACCAACAAAGGUAACAGAUAUUAGAGGCUUCAAUCUUACGUGAAGAUGCUAUUAACAUACUGAUUGUGUCACGGAUGGAGAAAUUAUACAUUAGACUAUAUGCCAAUUAUUGAACCAUGUUUCAUAUUUAUUUUGAAUUUUGUAUUCACGGUUUAACCGAUUGCUUCCCCGUGUGUUCACUAUUUUCAGAAUGAAACACAAAAAUCGUAAUGAAAAGUAAUAAUCGUUUGUUACUAGAAUGAGGAGUGAAGAGUGAGUGUUUUUGCCAGUUUUUUUUUAUUGCAUAUCGAUUUCCAGUACUCUUUAACACGGACUACGGUCAAAUAUUCUCUUAACAUUUAAAUAAUGUUUUUCUUUAAGAGGCGUUAAUAUUUUUUGCUAUAAAUUUUAUAUCUACCUUUUUUACUCUUGUAAAACGAGAAGUAACAAGAAGGAGCACGAGAGGAGACAAGAUAACAGUAUCAGGUUUGAUAGUAAUACUGCUACACUGUACUCAAAUUCAACUAUAACUCACAACUUUAUAUAUGCCACACACGUUGUUUUGAAUUACGCAAAACAAAUUGGUUGCGGCACUCUCGAGAUAUGGAGAAGGUGAAAUAUUGAAUUUGAAUGUGGGAAAAUACACACUUAGCAUUAAAAAUGAGUCAUAGACUUCGACUUGUGAAUGUGAUAAUGAAACGUAAACAAUAUGAUACGAAUGCCGACGAUUUUUUUGUUGAUUUAGCUUGUGCUAUAAAGUGUAUACACAUACUCUGACGAGAGCGAAUAGGAAGAGAAAGGAUGUGUGUUUUGCCAAUUAAUAUUUCUUAUUGUUUCCCUCAAAAAAAAAAAGAAGCAUUAUGUAUUAGCGUUGAAUGUGAUAGACAAAUCAAACAAAAACGGUUUACAAAAAAACAUGAGUGAGUGUUGUUUCCUUCACGUUGCAAUGGAAACGACGAUAAGCGAUGAUAGCAACAGAAAAGGUCCUCUUGCUCUGCCUCUUCUCCAACAGUAAUGAACACAUUAAUAUUUUAUUACAUCGUGAGCAAGGAGGAAGUGCGUUUUAGUAAUAAGAAGAGGAGGACCUGAGACAGAUCGAUUGAAUACUGUUGUGGUGAGCUUUUAUAAAAGAUUUAUAUUGUUUGCGUUGCCCUUUAAAAAAAAACAAAUAACAAAAGAGCACUUUCAGCUUGGGCGAGAAUGAGAAUCUUUAUUUUACUGUGCAUAAAGCAUAAUUGCGUUUAAUUAAUAAUUGUUUAUCAUUUUAGCGAUUCAUAAACAAAAUGUUAAAAUUGGCAUAUCCUAACCUCCAAUACAGAGCCCCCCUAUACAGGCUUUGAAGAAUCGUUACUCUCGUGUCGUAUCCGGUACUGUUCUGUGGCUUAUAUCUGCUUUCGUGUUUAAAUCGCAAAAAAAUGCUAUACUUAUUAGUGCGUUAUAAUGUUACAUUUAGGACCGUUUUAUAAACAUUUAUCAUUCGCUUCUAUAUGGCAUAAUAUACACUCUAGUUUUUACAGCACAUUCUAACCUAAUAGGCCAAUAAGCAAUAAGCGGACAAUAAGCCAACCGACAAGCGGCCAAUGAUUUCAAUUCGAUAACGAAACAAAAAACAAUCCACAAUUUUGAAGAAAUGUUUUUAUACGAAAAAGAGCGCAACAAAACGAUAAUGGAACUUUUAUAUUUACUCCCCACAUAUAUAUGAUUUACAUAUGCCGCAUAUAUUAUGUGCCUUAAGUAAAGCAUGCCGAAGUAUGUAGUACGACGUGUAUCAACCCGAACGACGACGAAUCCCAAUAUACAUGAAAUGAUGUUACAAUAAAACAAAUAAUGGGCGUGUG